AUGACUGACGCACAGCAACAAGAUAUUGAUUAUGGAGAUGGCGAGAAGUAUGUGAACGACGAGUCAAUUGAAAUCGCUUGGGCCAUUAAGGCCGGAGAACGCGCCAACGUGCACAUGAAUUUAAUAAUGCGAUGUAAUACGCGAAUUCUGCGACUCAACAAAAUGCAGGAUGAGAUUGUUUCGUCGUUUCGCAAAGAAUUCCCAGAUUUGAAUGUUGAAAAAGUGACGCACAAGGAAUUAAAAGAUGAUGGGAUGAAGGAGAAGUGGAGGAGUUGGUGUGAACAAUUCAAAGAUACAGUGGAUGAUUAUUCUAUGGGAACUUUAAUGAGAAUCGAAGCCAACAAAGCCUACAGCCCUGAUAAUACAGUGGUGGUUCCCAGGAUUAUCUAUCUCGCCAUUGAAAUGUCUCGAAACGUUGAAGGAAUCAACGAGCGCUUAAAAGAAGAAUACACAGCCCAUCAUAAUUCGCUUGAGAGCCUUUAA